AUGCGCUACGUGGUAACCCCAAUACCCCUCCCCGCAGCGACGGUAUCGGAUAGGCCGUCUCUUCCCCCGUGGUUGCAACGGGCUGCUGAGGCUCUUCAGUUCGAUGAGGACCUGCUCGGAUCCCUUGCGGCGUCUCGGGGCAUCAUCAAGCAGCAAGAAAACAUUUGCCCCUCUGAAUCCCUUGACUUUUGCUGUGCAUAUUCGGAACAGCUCCGCCCGCUUCUAGGCUCCGGCGUUUCUGCAGCGGAGGGAGAUGAGCUCUCUAGUUGGCUUAUCAGCGCGCCAAGUGGGUCGAUCCUAUUUACAGCCUCGUCUGUGCCUGCUGAGCUUAUCCUAUCUCUCUAUGCAUCGGCCGCCUUAGCUAGUGCGGUGGCUUGCCAGGAUUAUACGUUUGCUCCGCAGUUAUUUGCAAAGGCUCAGGCCUGCCUUCAGGAAGCUAUACAGUACUCUGACAUGCUUGCUUCUUUGGGCUCUCCUCUCCCAACUGGGACUGCAGACGACGCAGCGACCAUCUGUAUGACGUCCGAACUACUUGGUGCAUUCAUCUCAUUUAUUAGUGCUCAGAUGAUGGAGCUCUCCUCCACAAAUUUCAUUUCACACAACACAACAUGGCUUCUUUCGGACUCUUCCUUACAGGACAAUCUUCGCAUGCUGCUCAACGCCUCCAAGCACUAUGGCGAUGCUGCACCCAUCUUUGUAGCAUCGGGGAUGGACUGCUUCACAGAGCUUGCAGAGCUUGCUGCUCUUAAGCCUCACAUCCUAACUGUCGCCGGCCGCAUGGCUGCUGCUAAGUGUCUUUUUGCUGAACGUAAGUAUUCAAAGUGCAUAGAGGAAUGUCGCGAGAUUUCCAGCAUUAUAGCCACCUGUGUCCCUGAAGAGAAAGGUUUUGUUAGUAUUUCUCUUUGCAUAGAAUGCAAAGAUAGCCUCAUGGAGCAGUUGUUAGAGCUGAUGGCUGCAGCCGAGUCCAGUAUUGAUGCUUCUGACUCUUUGACCGGUCUUGAACCGGCAGGUACUGUGCAUCUAGACGAUGCUCAAGUGACAGCUGAUAUCCAUACUGCAAAUCUGGGACCCCACGAGCCCCUUAUUAUUGACCUAGCGCCAAUUCAGGAGCCCGCCAGCGAGUUCUUGGCUGAUAAAGCUGACAACUCAGCAGAGAUCCUCCUCCUUAACAAUAUAAUUAGCCAGAAGGACAGUGAGCUAGCUGAGAAGCAGAGGCUCAUUGAUAGCUUGAAUGUACAAGUUGAAGAACUUAGAGGCUCUCUUCGAGAGACAUCGUCCGUCUCUGCUUUAGAUUUCACAAGUCUCCUGCUUGCAAAAGAUGCUGAGAUUCACCGGCUUCAAAGUCUUGUGUUAGAAUGUUCUACUGUAUCCGCGCCCUCAUCUUUUCCAUUUCCCCAAGAUCUUCUUGUGCCGACGGUCUCCGUUGACGAGCAACUUCACAAGACCGUUGCCGAGUUACGCUGUGAGCUUGACGAUAUGUACGUAGCUUUUGAUGGUGCUUCCAAGCAGCUUUGGGAGGAGAGAUUGGCGACCGAAUAUGCAUACCAAACUCUCGCCGUCUUACAGGAUGAGGUUUCAGACAUGUAUGAGUUAAAGAUUGCGAACGCCAGCCUGACAAGUCAGGUCCGUGCCAUUAAGGAUCAGGCCAUGGUUAAGGAAGUCGCUCCACAAGGCCAUGGAACAGCAGUGCUAACCGAUAUCCACGUUAUCAAUGACACUGAACGAAUGAUCCAGCAUCUCCAAGAUCGGAUUGUGUCAUUGGAGAGCCAGCUUUUGACUGCUCAAAAAACACUGUCAGAUGCCAACGAGACAGUUGCGGUCUAUCACCAGGAGAUCAUAGAGGCCGAGGCCGAGACAGAGAGAUUGCGCGAUUCGCUUUUGAACGUCGACGCCGUCAAGUGUGCUGGUCAAGGGCCGGAACAGAAUACGCAGCUCUCCUCAACGACAGUUCCGCUCACUGACGAUCUCGUCAUGGGCUUUGCUAAUGCUGCUAUUGAUAUCGGUGGGCUCAAGGCGGGCGUUUCACAAGCGAAGGUGUACGACGAUAUGGUUGAACUGAUAAUAGCGUUGGAAGUAGAAAACGAGAAGCUUAAGAAAAAGUGCCUGGAGUAUGAGAUCUCUCCGCCUGCAAUCAUCUCUCUUGAGGCAGAACCUGGACCAGAUGGCGGCGAUGUAGAGCCUGGUCUCAGUGCAAGCCUGUUGCAGUCGAUUGGGACGGAGAUUGCUAUACAGUCUGCGUGGACGCGUCUCCCCGCGCUCACAACCCAUUUACAGAGCAUCAUAAAUCGUGCGCUGGAGCAGAUCACGAUAGUAACAACUGAAUACGCACAGCACGCAGAUUCCCAAAGGGAUGGCUCCAGCAUCGUGAAUGAGUAUUCACAUAGUGACGGGGGAGAUAGUUUUGAGCCCAGUGACAACCCCGAUGCAGAGUAUCAGAGCACUCUCCACUCUAGGCUCUUCUCCAUAGGAACUUCGUCGGAUAACGUUGAUCUACUCGAGAAGAUGCUUCAAGAAGAUGCUUCUGAGCCUCUGACCCUUGUCACGGUGGCUAAGAAGCUGAAGCUGCUUGGGGAGGGUCUGCAAGGUCUUCCUACAGUUGUCAUAUCUGGGUAUGGUGAGGACGAAGCAUACAAUAUGCUUUCAGAGCGUAUUAUUGAGCUGGUUGCCGAGCAGCAUGAAACAAACAUGAACAGCAUGGAUGACUGUUACAAGGACAUAGAGAUGGCGCACAUAAACAUAGCCGAUCUUCGUCUGUGCAUGCGAAAGACAGAUAAGGUCAUGGAGCUCUAUGAUCGCUUUUCAGUCACUGAUCAGAAACGCCUUUAUGAGCUGCAGCUUGUCGCUCAACGGAAGAACGCAGAACUGGUUUUCUUGGUGCGCUAUAUGGACCUUCUUGUGCAGGCUUACCAGCUUAGCAUAGCAGCUAUUAAGCAGAACGUGGACGCGCAAGGCUGCACCGGAAAGAUUAACGGGGUAGAGAUAUCCACUGUUCUCCUCGAGAAAGACGAACAGAUAGCAGGGCUUCAGGAGGCGCUUAAGACGGCUCGCGACCAUGGUGAGCAACGAGUUUCAGAUAUCUCCCAUGAUAUGCGUCUUGUUCAAGAUAAAUACGAGUCUCUCGAGAAACAGUUUGCAGAAUACAAGGCGUUCGCGGAUGGGCAACUACAGCCCGCGUCUGCAGAUGAUGACUACUUCUAUAACUUGCUUGCUGAUCGGGACAGACAGAUAAAGGAGCUUAGUGACAUAGUUUCGUUGUUGAAUUCUGGCAACUCCAGGGAGACUGUUACAGAAGAAAGACCAGAAUCGUCUCACCGAGAAACCCAGACGGCUCCAGGCCAUGUCGCUAUAGAGCCAACAGUAGUGGAGCAUAUAUCUACACUAAAGUCAGAGGAAGACCAGGAGAUUCACAAGAUACCAGAUCCUCAAGGGAUGUCGGAAGCUGAACACAUGACUUGUGUUGUAGAGUCGGGGAUUGCAGAGCAGCCGGUCUACGGUGUCCAAUGUACCCCUGGUAUUGAUUAUGAGCAACUGCUGAUUGCAAAGAACGCAGAGAUAAAACGCCUACAGGUGCUUUGCGAGGGAGCUGCCGUCCAUGUGUCAGCCUCAGCGGUUAGUUCUAAUAACUUAGCCAAUACAUGUGGUAGCAAUGCCUUUGUUUAUGAGAACGCCACAGAGUCUGUGUACGCGCGGUCCUCUGCAGACUUGGAGGAAAUCCAACGUUUGAACACAGAAUUAAAUAGCUCUAACUCAAAGGUCCAGGAGCUGACGGAGUCUCUUGAAGCGCUGAAAACAAAGAACAUUGCAGCAAACACUGCAAUCGACAAUCAAAAUAACCAGAUAGAAGAGCUUACACAAGACAAGCAGAAGCUUCAAAACCUCGUCAUCCAGCUGACAGAAGAGAACCUCGUCAAGUCUGCAACAGUUCAGAGCGUCAUGACUACCUCGGUUGCAUCUUCCACGCUUGCAACAGAGAUCAAUAAUCUCAAACUCGAGCUUAGCGAGAGGGAUCACGAGAUUGUUAGAUUGACGCAUACCAUUGAGCGCCUUAACAAACAAAUCGUUGACAAUGCAGGAAACGAAGUCCCACAGCUGUCAACAAUUAUCGAAAUACCACCAUCGGCAACUAACAACGAAAUCAUCAAGAACCUGGUGAACAGCAUCAAGACGCAAGAAGCCAGCUUCACUCAUAUCCGCACACUUCUGAAGGAGAAGCAGGCAGAGGUCCUGAAGCUCAAGGAGGCUCUUGAACGGCAAGAAGACAUUGUCAGAACGCUUCUGUCCAACCCGAUGACUAAUAAAAUGAAGACAAGCGACUCUGCCGAUGGAAACAAUGCCCUGAUUCUCACCAACUAUAAUGAUACCAGCGCAGCAGAUGGACAGGCGGGUGAGGAGGAGCGUGCUCGCUUUGAAGAGCGGAUUCAGAAGCUUGAGGAAGAACUAGCCGGCAAAAACUACGUCAUCGACAGCAAGUCUCAAGAGAUAGACACACUCAGAGGAGAUCUGAGGAGGCUUCAAAAUGAAGCCACUGAGCUGCGUGCCAAGAUAGUUGAUCUCGAAACUCAACUUACGGACGCCAAGAGGGAGAUAGAACAGAUGCAGCAGCGCAACGAUCAGGCGUCGGAAGAUCAUAGUCGCAGAGCCAGCCGGAUGAUGGAUGACUAUACGCACAAAGAUCUUAAUGAACAGAUAAAGAGCCUUUACGAGAUACUUAGUGCGAAGGAUGCGGAGAUAACUAGUUAUAAGAAGAGACUGGGCAUUGAGGACGAUGCUGCUUUCACAUACUUGUAA